CUUUUCAGAUAUUGAUGGACUGAAAUUUUCAGAUUUUCUAUCUGAUCGAUGCUCAAGCUCUUCGUGGUUUGCUUGUUCGAAGUGAUUGUUGUAAUUGGAGUAAAGCUUUGCAAAUUCGAUACAAUUUGAACCAUCUAACUGAAUGGUUACGCGACCAAAACUUGCAAGACAGCGGUGCUUCCGAUUGUCUUCUCCCAUUGACACAAGCUGUUCAGCUAUUUUUGUGUAAAAAAGAUGAAGCAAGCAUUUCGAAUGUUUGUACAAAGUUAACCAUCGUCCAAGUCACAAAGCUAUUGAGUCUAUACAAGUCUAUGGAUGAUUUUGAUGAUCAAGUAUCACCUGCAUUAAUCAAACGAGUAUCUGAUCUUUUGAAACAACAACGACUUGGUUCAACAACUGAUCGAACACGAAUUGAAUAUGAACAACAAGAGAAUUUUGAUUUAGGCUACACAUUUCCACUGGUCUAUCCGUAUGUUCCAUCGACUGUUUCACUUGAUCAAAUUGACAUUCCUCAUGAACUUCACCUUGACUUUCUUUCACUUGUUUAA